AAAAUUGUGAGAAAUGUCUGCAAAAGGUAAAAAUAAAGCAAAAGCAUUUGCAACAUUGCCUAAUGCUGUGCCAACUUCAUCUACAAAGAUGCAUGAAGGAGCACUUGAUAAUUCAAAUUAUGUUUUGGCUUAGAUGAAAAAUGGAAAGUGGGAAAAAGCAAAGAUUAUUGAAUGUAGAUUAUCAAAAGGUAAUAUAGAUUAUGAUAAUUGUAGAUUAUGAUCCAAAACAGAAGAAAGUAGAUUCAUCUUAUGAAUAUUAUGUGCAUUAUGAAUUUUAUAAUAGAAGAAUGGAUGAAUGGGUUUGUAGAGAGCGUAUUUAGUUAACUGAUGAAUAAAUAAUUGAAGACACAUAACCUAAAAAAAGACCAAGACCAAGUGAUAAAAGAGAAGUAACAGCUGAAAAUGAUGAGCAUGAAGGAAUGGAUCAUUAAAGUCUUAUUACUCAUGAGAUGCAUACAAAAUUUAAAACAAUAGAAAAAAUAGAAUUUGGAUAAUUUAGAUGUGAUACUUGGUAUUAUUCUCCAUUUCCUUCUGGAUAUCACAAUAUAGAUUGUCUUUUUAUUUGUGAAUUUUGUCUAUCUUUUUAUAUCAGGAAAUCUGAAUUAUAAAGACAUCAAUUAAAAUGUCUUUUAUGUAAAUUAGGUCAUCCACCUGGUGAUGAAAUGUAUAGAGAUACAGAAAGAAGACUUUCAAUGUUUGAAAUAGAUGGUCAUAAAAAUCCAACUUAUUGUGAAAAUCUCUGUUAUAUUGCCAAAUUGUUUUUAGAUCAUAAGAAUUUAUAUUAUGAUGUGGAACCUUUCCUUUUCUUUGUUCUUACAGAAUAUAACGAAACUGGAUUUCAUAUUGUUGGAUAUUUUAGUAAGGAAAAAGAAUCAUCAUAAGGUUGGAAUUUAAGUUGUAUCCUAACAUUUCCAUUUCAUUAAAGAAAAGGUUAUGGUAAGUUUCUAAUCUCCAUGAGUUAUUAAUUAUCAUUAAUUGAAGGAAAAUAUGGAACUCCUGAAAGACCACUCUCUGAUUUAGGUAGAGAAAGUUAUUUAUCAUGGUGGACUUAAGCAAUUAUUGAUUAUUUGAAAAAAAAUAAAGAUGGUGAAAUUACUAUUGCAGGACUUACUAAAGAAACUGGAAUUAAAGAUACAGAUGCUUGGUGGACAUUAGAAUAAAAACAUUUAAUUAAAUAUUAAUAAUCAUAACCACUCAUCUGCAUGGAUAUGGCAUAUUUAGAUCUCAUCUAUUCUAAAGCAGGUAGACCAGGUCUUCCUGUUAAAAAAGAUUGUAUCCAUUGGGUACCAUAUAAAAGACCAAAAGGAUAAGAUAAGAAUUGAUAUUAAAUUUUUAUCACUUAC